AUGUCUAGCGACGAAGCUCGGAUGCAAUGGACACGACUCAUAGGCAACUGGACAGCCGUAUCCGCAGGAGCGUUAUGGGCGUACGACUACAUCGCCACCCUGCCGCAGGAGGUGCGGCAUGUCUGGACCAAUAGCAUGUCCGUCACGACGGUCGUGUUCCUCGUCAAUCGGUACUCGUUCUUCGCCGCUUUGGCACUUGGGUUGGCUACGACGGCGGCGAGGGAUAUAUCGGAUGAUUUGCAGAGGGUUGAUCUCCCUGUGGGUGGCGUUGCUGACCGCAUACUCGUACUACGGGUUUGGAGCAUCAGCGGACGACAGACGAAGGUGUUGAUUAUAUGCGUCCCGCUCUUGAUCACCAUCGUCGGGAUCAGCAUCUACCGUAAUUUCGUACUGGCGAGAGGGAUCGGAACGUCGCAUACGAAGUCUACGUUUGCGAUAUUGGCGGGCUGUGGCGUCGAAAUAUUGGACGGGCGGAGGUUCAACAGGAACUCGAUACUCAUUAACACACACCAACACUUGCUCGCCCAAACAGAUGAAAUCAUCGCCGUAGCACUGGCCUUACUACUCGAUGGCUACGUCUUCGGCCUGACGGCGGCGACGACGUGGGGACAUGUACUCGAGUCGAAGAGGCUGGGGUAUAGAGGGGUUACUUAUAUCUUUCUUCGUGAUGGUACUAUACACUUCCUUCUGAUCAUCGCGACUCAGCUUCUCCUUUUCACUCUGGUCAUUAUCAGCUUAUUCGACGGAAGCUCAUCCUACGCGUCCAAUCUCUGGCUCAGCGGUCUCAAUCCAUACCUAAACAUGUUUCCAAGCCUCGUAGUGAACCACCUCGUGCUCAACCUCCGAUCCUACACACCUUCCUCUUCCUCUUCCCAUGCCCGACCGCACCGUACCCGCCCCCGUGGCCGACGCUCCAUCAACGGCGUUCGAUCCAUACUAGGGUCACACUCGCUCUCGGAUAUCAGGUUUCGCUCAGGCUCGGGUGAGGGUGAGGGUGCAGGUGGAGGAUUCGGUGGCAGAGGCAAAACACUGUCACUGUCGCUAUCGCUGGGCAAUAUAGGCGCACCACUCGAUUUCUUUGGACGGGGUGAGGGCGAGGAUGCGGAUGCGGAUGUGGACAUGGGUGUGGAGGCGGAUAGUGAUUCUAGGUUUAUUGAGGUAGAAGGAGGGGGCGAGGGUGAUGGGGGUGGGGAUGGGGGUGUUGUGGUCAUUGAGGACGAGAACGAGUCCAAUGAAGGGAUCGCGAUGGUCACAUUCGGAGAAGCGUAG